AUGCAACGGUUGCUCCUUCCGGCCUUCACGGGGAGCCGCAGGGUCGGGCUUCUAGUCCCUAGGGCGGCGUCCAGAGCACAGUGUGGUUGCAGCUUUGGCAGCAGGCAUCCUCUGAGGCCAGGGCAAUAUGGCACCGUCACUGAAGUGGCUUUGCAAUCCGGAAAAGGUGCAGUGCCCCUUCCCUCGAAGGCAGCUGAGCAGGCAGUGGGUCGCUGAGCCGUUAUUCUCGGAGGAGUAACUCGGCUGACGGAGUCUGGCCUCUCAAUGGUAGACUGGCAUUUAAUAAAGGAGAUGAAGCCACCCACAAGCCAAGAAGAAUGUGAAGCAGAAUUCCAGAAAUACCAGCAAUUUCCAGAAUUUAAAAUCAUGAAUCAUGACAUGACACUGGCAGAAUUCAAGUUCAUCUGGUACAUGGAAUACUCGCACCGAAUGUGGGGUCGAGCUGUAGGCCUUGCGUACAUCCUGCCCGCUGCCUAUUUCUGGAGAAAGGGUUGGCUCAGCCGUGGCAUGAAAGGACGUGUUCUUGCCCUCUGUGGCUUAGUCUGUUUCCAGGGUCUCUUGGGUUGGUAUAUGGUGAAAAGUGGGUUAGAAGAAAAACCAGAGUCCUAUGAUAUCCCUCGGGUCAGUCAGUACCGCCUCGCAGCCCACCUGGGGUCAGCACUGGUUCUUUACUGUGCCAGCCUGUGGACCUCACUGUCCCUGCUGCUCCCUCAGCACAAGUUACCUGAAACCCGACAGCUGCUGUGGUUGAGACGCUUUGCUGGAGGCACAGCAGGCCUGGUGUUCCUCACAGCUCUCUCAGGGGCUUUUGUGGCAGGGCUGGAUGCUGGGCUUGUUUACAAUUCCUUCCCCAAAAUGGGAGACUCUUGGAUCCCAGAGGAUCUCCUUACCUUCUCUCCCAUCCUGAAGAAUGUCUUUGAGAAUCCCACCAUGGUGCAGUUUGAUCACCGGCUUCUGGGCAUCACGUCGGUCUCUGCCAUUACAGUGCUCUAUUUCCUGUCCCGGAGAAUCCCCCUUCCUCGAAGGACCAAGAUGGCAGCAGUGACUCUGCUCGCUUUGGCAUAUGCACAGGUGACCUUGGGCUUUAGCACUCUGCUUAUGUAUGUUCCAACUCCUCUGGCUGCCACACACCAGUCAGGCUCCUUGGCACUGCUUAGUGGUGCCCUUUGGCUCAUGAAUGAACUCCGAAGAGUCCCAAAAUAAUUCUGAGAAUCACUCGCUAGGACUGA